AUGGCCCCUGCGAACCAAUUGGCUACCCGCGAAUUGGGUAAAGGUGGCCCUCAGGUCCCAGCACCAGGUCUAGGGCUGUUGGGUCUGAGCGCAGGGUAUGGUAAAGCGCUCCCAGAUGAGGAACGUUUCAAAUUUCUUGAUCGAGCCUGGGAACUGGGUGCAACGUUUUGGGACACCGCUGCCGGUUAUGGAGACAGCGAGGUCUUGCUCGGCAAAUGGUUUGCGAUGCAUCCAGAACGCCGCAAGGAUAUCUUCCUCGCCACCAAGUUUGGUCUUGGCUGGACCAUAGGGGAAGAUGGGAAAGUCAGCUUGUUCGUGGACAGUUCACCGGCGAAUUGCAAAGCUGCUUGCGAGCAAAGCCUGCAAAAGUUGGGCAUCGACAGCAUCGACCUCUUCUACGUCCAUCGGUUCGACAAGGUUACGCCGGUUGAGAAGACGAUGGAAGCCCUCGUGGAGUUGAAGAGGGAGGGCAAAAUCAAGUACAUCGGAUUUUCAGAGUGUUCAUCGGACACCCUUCGACGCGGAUACGCUGUACACCCCGUAUCUGCCGUCCAGAUUGAAUACAACCCGUGGACGUUGGACAUUGAGGGAGACAGCGGCACCAAUCUCCUGCGCACUUGUCGAGAACUUGGCGUGGCGGUGGUGACAUAUUCACCCUUGGGCCGAGGGUUCUUGACCGGCAACAUCAAAUCCAUCGACGACCUGGACGAAAAGGACGCCCGCCGUCAUCUGCCACGAUUCAGUGCCGAGAAUUUCUCCAAGAACCUGGAUCUAGUCAAGACCAUCGAGAGGCUGGCUCUCAAAAAAGGCUGUACGACCACGGAGCUUGUCCUUGCUUGGAUCAUGGCGCAGGGCCCAGACUUCAUCCCAAUCCCUGGCACCAGAACGAUCAAAUACUUGGAACAGAACGUCAAGGCCAGUGCAAUUGAUGUCACCGAUGAGGAAAACAAGCACAUCAGAGACGCCAUCAACGCCAUGGGAGGCCCAAGUGGGGAUCGAAGCACCGAUACCAGCAAUUACUAUGCAGACACUCCGCCUUUGUAG